AGUGAUAACUGAGAAAAUGGCAGAAGCAGCACAAAGCAGCAAAAGAGGAACUCGAUGGUCUCUCAAUGGAGUCACAGCUCUUGUCACUGGUGGCACCCGUGGCAUCGGGCAUGCCAUAGUGAAUGAUCUAGUUGGAUUUGGAGCUGCUGUGCACACAUGUUCAAGGACCGAAUCAGAGUUGAACAAGUGCUUACAAGAAUGGAGGAGCCAGGGAUUUGUGGUUACUGGCUCCGUUUGUGAUGUUUCAUUGAGACCCCAGAGAGAGAACCUUAUUCAGGAAGUGGCUAACACCUUCAAUGGCAAGCUUAACAUCUUUGUAAACAAUGUUGGAACAAAUUUGAGAAAACCAACAACUGAGUAUAGUGCUGAAGAAUUUUCAGAGCUCAUGACAGUUAAUUUUGAAUCUGGAUUCCAUCUGUGCCAACUUGCAUACCCUCUUCUAAAAGCAUCCGGAAUGGGAAGCAUUGUGUUCAUAUCAUCUGUUGCAGGUGUUACAAGCUUAGGCACUGGAUCCGUUUAUGCAGCAAGUAAAGCUGCAAUCAAUCAACUCACAAAAAAUCUAGCCUGCGAAUGGGCAAAAGACAACAUAAGGAGCAACUGUGUUGUACCAUGGGCAACCAGAACCCCCCUUGUUGAAUAUUUAUUUAAGAACCCACAGUUUGUAGAGGAUAUUCUAUCUCGAACUCCGCUUAGGCGCAUCGCAGAACCAGAAGAAGUGUCAUCAUUGGUGGCUUUCCUGUGCUUGCCUGCUGCAUCAUACAUCACUGGACAAAUUAUUUCGGUUGAUGGUGGAUUAACAGUGUAUGGAUUCCAACCCAGCAUGAGAAUUACCUGAAGUUCCAUUAGUUGCUCCUAGUUGAAGACCUUGAUCUCAUUCUUCAAUUUCAUUCUUUUAUGAAUUGAUUGUUCCUUUUAUUCAAACUCAGUUGUAACUUGUAUCAUUAUUUAUAAACAAUGAAGCCUCUACUGAGAGAGGUAUCCACAAAUAUGGACUAGCAAAUUCAAUUUAUCAUUUGAUGAUGAUUUCACCUUUGAUUGAGGAAUUCACAUUAACUAGUCAACGAAAGUGAGUAUAUGGAAA